CCGUCACUUCCGCUUCCUGUUAAGUGAAAUCUCCCGCCACCCGGGAAAAGCGGCUGUCAGCGUUGGCGUCUAAUCGCUUUCGGAGUGGUUGCAGGUGCUUCCUGAUAAGGGUAACAAGAUGGAAUUUUCAAAGAGGAGGAAACUGAAGUUGACAGCCGAUCAGAGGAAUGCUUACCCUCACAGCCUUCAGUUUUACCUGCAGCCACCUACUGAAAACAUAUCUUUGAUAGAGUUUGAAAACUUUGCUUUCGAUAGAGUUAAAUUGCUAAAAGCAGUUGAAAAUAUUGGUGUGAGCCAUGUGAAAGGACAUGAGUCAUACCAGAACAAGCUGGAAGCUGAGAUUCGAAAGCUCAAGUUUUCUUACAGAGAAAACUUAGAAGAUGAAUAUGACGCUCGAAGAAAAGAUCACAUUUCUCACUUUAUUUUACGCCUUGCUUACUGCCAGUCUGAUGAUCUUAGACGCUGGUUUAUUCAACAAGAAAUGGAUCUUCUUCGAUUUCGAUUCAGUAUUUUACCCAGGGACAAAAUUCAAGAUUUUUUAAAGGAUAGUCAUUUGCAUUUUGAGGCUAUAAGUAAGGAAGAGAAGACUUUUCCAGAAAAGGAUAUUCUUGAUUCAUCAUUCAGUUCAAGUGAGACUUCAGUUCCGGAGUCGGAGUCAGUUUACAAGAUCCCUUUUGCUGACGCCCUGGAUUUGUUCCGAGGAAGGAAAGUGUAUUUGCAGGAUGGCUUUGCUUAUGUACCAUCUAAGGACAUUGUGGCAAUCAUUCUGAAUGAAUUUAGAACCAAGCUGUCCAAGGCUUUGGCAUUAACAGCCCGGUCCUUGCCUGCUGUGCAGUCCGAUGAGCGACUACAGCCUCUGCUUAACCACCUCAGUUUCAUUUUGGAUGAAGUCUAAACUUCUUAGCCUGACCUAUGAGGUUCUUCUGGAAGGAGCCUGGCUUGUUUCUUUG